AAGUUGGAACGUGGUUUCCAGGCUAAACGGCAAAAUACACUUGAGCCAUGGAGUCCAACCAGGAAUCUUCACUCUUCCUGGUGAAGAUACUGGAGGAGCUGGACACAAAGCAGAAUACUGUUUCUUACCAGGAUCUCUGCAAGUCCCUGUGUGCCAGGUUUGAUUUAUCUCAGUUGGCCAAGCUCAGAAGCGUGCUGUUUUACACCGCUUGCCUGGAUCCUAAUUUCCCAGCGACUUUGUUCAAAGACAAAAUGAGAUGCACUGUAAACAAUCAGCAAUCAAAGAAAAUCAUGGUUGCAGCAGAUAUAGUAACAAUAUUCAACCUCAUCCAAAUGAAUGGGGGAGUGGCCAAGGAGAAGCUUCCAGUUUCAAGGCACAAAGUGAAGAAGAAGGAGUCCUUCGAGUCCUGCAGGUCUGACACAGAGAUCUGCAAUGUGGCAGACUGUGUGCCUGACUGCGUGCCCAACUGUGAGCUCAACGACCAGGACUUUAACCGGGGCUUUCCUGUCAGAAGGUCUUCAAAAUGCAGGAAGAUGGACUGCAAAGACUGCCAGCAGUUCGUCCCCUCGUCAGAACCCAACUUCUUGCUUGGUGUUAAUAAGGACAUGAAGGGCCGGGCUGCCUCUCUGGACAGGCUGCAGGCACUGGCGUCCUACUCCAUUGCCACGUCCCCACCAUGUGAGAUGCAGAGCACCUACUUCCCCAUGAACAUUGAAAAUGAGUCUAUUUCAGACCAGGAUUCCUUGCCUAUAAGUGCAGGAUUAAAAGAAACUUUCAUUACAAAUGACGAGCCAUUCAUGAUGCAGUCAUGUGUCCAGAAAAGAAAUAUAUUCAAAGAAGAUUUUCAUAAUCUGAUUACAAUAUCUCCCAGCUUAAUACCAUCCAAUAAAACACCAGAAGAUGGACACAGAGAGCCUCAGAACAGGAAGGAAAGCUCUAAGCAGACUUUCUUCAACCACAGCUUUGAAAUGCCAUACAGCAGCCAGUACUUGAAUCCAAUUUAUUCUCCUAUACCGGACAAAAGGCGAGUGAAGCAUGAAAGUUUAGAUGAUCUUCAAGCUUCUACAUAUUUUGGCCCAACUACUGUUCUUGGACCACAGGAAACCAAAAAGUGGACUGGAAAGCCAGCCAAGCAAACUGCCUGGCCAGCUAAAAGCUGGAGUUUAAAUACUGAGGAGGUCCCUGACUUUGAACGCUCAUUUUUUAAUAGGAAGCAGUCUGAAGAGAAACCACGAUACCAGAGUUCGAGCAAUCCAUCUCCAAACUUUCCUUCAGUUGACAGGCAUCAGUCCUACCUAAAUGCAAAGGAUCAGCAACCAAUUAUGCAGGCAAACUAUGCUGUGAAACCCAACGGGCACAAACCUAAGGAAAUUCCUUCCAUUCUAGAUGUGGAGAAACAUGAGCCAGUCAAAAAGUUUAAGGAUAAAAGCAUUAACUGUACUUCUGUGCAGAUCUUAAGCAUUGACAGGACCAUGAGUGUUGGGACACAAACGGAGCAGCAGGUUCUGGAGCACAAGAAAUGCAAGGAUUUGUGUGCAGCAGGCCAAGCUAAGUAUGGUGAGAGGCACUCUCUGAAGCAGUCAGAUGAUGACUCUGAAAUCGUGAGUGAUGAUAUCAGUGACAUUUUCAGGUUUUUGGAUGACAUGAGUAUCAGCGGGUCCACGGGAGUGAUGCAGUCCUCGUGCUACAACAGCACUGGUUCCUUGUCUCAGGUGCACAAAUCAGACUGUGAGAGCUCACCUGAGCACAAUUUGACUAAGAUCUCCAAUGGGAGUGCCUGUAACAAACUGGAUAAAGUGGUCAGGGCAGAUGUCAGUAACACAGAUGAUGAACUGAAAACGAGCGUCUGCAAAUUAGUCUUGAGGAUUGGUGAAAUAGAGAAGAAACUGGAGUCUCUCUCAGGUGUCCGAGAAGAAAUCUCCCAAGUCCUGGGAAAAUUAAGCAAGCUGGAUCAAAAAAUCCAGCAGCCAGAGAAGGUCAGUGUACAAAUAGAUCUCAACUCUUUGACGAGCGAUGCCGCGUCAGAUGAGAGCAACUCCCCGCAGAUAUUCCAGUGCCACAAUACUCCUCAUGGAGGCAAACUGGAGAAUAAUCCAGAAUGGUGCUGUUCAGAUGCCAGUGGAAGUAAUAGCGAGAGCCUUCGAGUAAAAGCCUUAAAAAAAAGUUUGUUUACUAGGAGAUCAUCAAGAUCACUAACAGAAGAAAACAGUGCGACCGAAUCCAAAAUAGCAAGUAUUUCAAACUCUCCCCGAGACUGGAGAGCUAUUACUUACACCAACCAAGUUGGCAUUACAGAGGAGGAGGUGAAAGAGAGAGAUGGAGGAGAAAAUAAGGACUGGCACAGGAAAUCUAAAGAGGCAGACAGGCAGUAUGAAAUCCCACAGCCACAUAGACUCUCUAAACAGCCAAAAGACGCUUUCUUGAUUGAACAAGUCUUUAGUCCUCAUCCCUACCCUGCAUCACUCAAGUCACACAUGAAAAGCAACCCUCUCUACACAGACAUGAGGUUGACAGAGCUGGCUGAAGUGAAACGUGCCCAGCCGUCAUGGACCAUAGAGGAAUACACGAGGAAUUCGGGGGAUAAAGGCAAGAUUGCAGCCUUGGAUCUACAAACUCAAGAAUCUUUGAACCCAAACAACUUAGAGUACUGGAUGGAAGACAUUUACACUCCUGGCUACGACUCCUUGCUGAAACGGAAGGAAGCCGAGUUCAGGAGGGCGAAGGUUUGCAAGAUCGCUGCCCUGAUCGCGGCGGCCGCGUGCACGGUUAUCCUGGUCAUCGUGGUGCCCAUCUGCACCAUGAAAUCCUGAGCCUGGGCACAGCCCUGUGACCCCCAGCCACCCGAGGCUCGGCUAGCUCACGCUGUGUGACAAAUGGCCGCUGGCAAAACUGUGAGGAGUGCGCUAAGGGACGAUGCUCUGAGGAUAUCCCGCUGGAGAACGGAGGCGGAGCACAGAACAAGUAGAGAUGUGUUUUUGGAAAAGUCCUAUUUUAAAUAACAGACUGUGUGGUGGAGUUAAUGGGAACUCGGUUCGAUUUUUAUGCAUUUUUAAAAGUGCAAUAUUUUUCUUUUUCCUAAAGGAAUGAUAUAAUGUUUUACAGAAGCAGAGACUGAUGAGAAUCCAGGCAAGAGAGGAAAGCUGUCUGAGCUAUGCUGAGGUGUGGGCACAUGGAUGUAGCACUGUAUAGAAGGGAAUGUUCUAUAUGCAUCACAUAGAGGAGCUAGGGAAGUCUUAACAGCUCUCUACAGUGUUGAAAACUCUGAAUGUAUUGUAUUUAUUUUAUAGUAUUUAUGUAUUUCAUGAUCAUUUGUUCAAAAGCAGACUGUGUAGCUGUGAACAGAGUUCAUUCCUACGUUCAGAUUAAAAAGGGCUCUUUGUAUUUGGUCUUGCCCUAAGACCCACUCUAUCAUCACUGAGUACUUGGUUAAGUGCAAUGUGCUGCAGACCAAAAAGAUUAUGUUUUAAAGCAAUCACAAGAGCUUUUAGUUACUUCUGUUGAAUAACAUUUGCAUAGAGCUGGCAGACUUGCCUUGCCAAAAGGGUAUUCUUUACCUCUGCAGACAGUGAAAGUGUCUCAAUUUCACUCCUGCCUGCAAGCAAAUCUAGCAAAUGAAGGCAACACUGUUAAAGUUCUUGGAAAUAUAAUCUGAACAGUUACAAAUUUUUUUUCCACCAAGUCUUUGUGCCUUUUUUUAGACUCUAAGUUAAAUAGAACUGUUUAAUUUCUUGCUAUUUUAAGCCCAUACCAUAAAUCACAGCAUAAUGGGUACUAAUGGAGGUCCUUUUCCUGCAAGUCUUCUAUACAGUUCCGAGUGCUCCUCAAGCAGCAGGGCUGGUGGUUACUGAGCACUUACAUUAAGGGCACAAUUUCUCAGCACUGGUAGAAACUUGCUGCUGGUGCAAUGCAUUCAGCACAGGGAGAUCUUUUGCUUCCCUCUUGCUAAUGUACUUAAGAGUGAUGGUUGAAUCUACUGGACAGCAAGCAGUCUGUAUCCCAUGGGAAAUGUCCAUUUGAUGCUUUAUCCCAAAUGCAAAUAGUAGGUUUGAUGGAAUUCUCAGGCUGGGACAGAAAUUACCUGUCAUGGUUAGUGAAAGCAAAGAACCCAGACAGUGUUAAUCUUCUGUCAAGUAUACAAAAAAAAAAAAAGGAUUUUCAGGAAAUAGUGUGCAUCUUGCUGGUCCUCCUAGGGGAAGGAGAUUCUUUUAGUGAAUGCUCUUUAUAUAGGGUAAUUUUGGUUUCUUCAGAAGCAGCCUCCCUACACAAUGACACAGCAGCUAAGAAAGCACUGGAUGCUCCUUCCUCUGGCUCUCUGGGAUGUGCUGCACUCACUGUUUGUUUCUGACUGGUUUAAAAAAAGUAUUGAGGGAAGGGUGUGUGGGAGGCGAAGGCUUUGUUGUGACUUGAGAUGUGUGUCAGUUCUUUCCUGCAGUUGGAGAGCUAUUUGUGUGCUGCUCACGUGCUGUGCUUUAUUUAGGGAUAGGUGAUUCCUGAGACUGUUGAUCUAUCAGAAAAAUAAGCACAGGGUUGGAUGUCCCAUCAGCAAAUAGAGAAUAGGCCCACAGAUAAAGCCUGUGCCUGCCUGGCCUGAAUCCUGACCCAAAUUCUGUGACUUUGGCCCAUUCAUAACACUAAGCUAAUUUCUCUUUCCUCCCAGAUGCUGCAGGAUGGAGUCACAGCAGGGAGGGAGCAAUUCACACUGUCUAUUUUAGGCUGCCUUUGGUUGUGGUGUGAUUCAGAGCACCUGAGCACAGGAGCUCGGGAUCCGUGCGUAGUAAAUGUAGGCAGGUAGAGAAACCUCUGGGGACAACUCAGAGCUGCCAGCGAGAUAUCUAAUAUUAGACAUGGGAAAAACACUCUGGAGGACACUGCUCUGCAGUUUACCUCGUGCACAAUUUAGGUUGAUUGUCUAUGUAGAAAAAGCUAUUCCUGGUUCCAGGUGAUGUCAGGAAGCCUUCGGACACCCCUCCCUGGCUGCUGGAGGGAGCAGGGGGCCCUGGGGGGGGCACAGGGUCAAUCCCCCAUCUGCCCACCCCACACAGGAGCCUUGGAGGGGCAGGAGAGGUGGGGACAGACCCCCUGCCCUCUCCAGCCCCUCUGAACCUGCUGCCCCCAGCCCCAAAUCAACAGUGCUUUCACCAGUAAUCUGAUUUUAGAAAAUAUCAGCCUAAGGGGAGGUAGUAGAUGGGUGUGGGAGGUGUCACUGAUCACAGGGUUUAUCUGUGCAGCUCAUCCAGCUGGCACCAGAUGAGUCUUUGCAUUAAAGAUGCCCAAAAUCCUGGGGAGGCUCUGCAGGUUAUGGAGCUGUGGGUGAUGUGGAGCUGGCCCAACCCAAGCACUCACCAUCCCAAACAUCCACGCUGCCUCCUAAUUUACUGAGGUGCUUUUGCCCACCCUUGCUUUGCACAAGCAGCCAGUGGCACCCACUGCAUUGGCCAGUGGUUUCCUUACACACCAGACUGUGGUUUGUCAUGGAGCCUGAGGGGAGCUGGGAGAGCAGAGCCUGAAUCCCUGCUCCACAAACACCUCUGUGAGCCACUGCCCUGCCUUCUCCUCCACUCCUGGCAGCUCCUUGGCACCCCUGGGAUGUGCAUCCCGAGGCAUUCCCAGUGGGAUUUGCUGCUGUAACUAAGCCCUUCUAAAAGCAGGCAAGGAGAUGGAGCUUUGGGAUGCUGCUGCUGCUGGAGGAGAGCAGCCAGGGAAGGAGGAAGCCUGCACAGAGUGUACAAACUGGGUGAAAUCCUGACAUAUUAACCUUCAAGAAUAUUGUGAUCCACCUUGUGAACCAGUUACCAACUAGAAUACACUGUAUACCAUAUGAUAGACUUUUGUACAAAAAAAUAAAAAAAGAAAUUAAAGCUAUAGGUACAUUGUAAUCCUUGGUGUGAUUGAAAAAGUGUCCUAGAUUGUAUUACUUAAUUAAAAUUAUGAUGAGCAUAUUGAACUGUUUUUCGUAUUUAUGCCUUAUAAACUUGAUAUAUUACACAUGAUAAAAUGAAACUGCAAAAACUAUAAGAAAAGAUACGCCAUUUUGGGGGCAAAUUCCAUUUUGCUUUUCCUAAAAAUAAGAGUGCUGCUUUAAAUGAGCUUAAUAAAUCAUGUGUGCAGAAGAGCAAGAGUAGGAUAUGUCCCCAAAUGACUUUUUAGGAUUUUUUUUUAAUGGGGCUUUGGUUAAUGUACUAUGUAAUAAUUUUAUUUUAUAAUGUUACUGUACAAUGUUGCCUUUUGGUUCAUUUAAAUAUAACACCAAAUAAACUUGAAAAUUACAGUGUCCUAA